ACAGUUGAAGGUUUAUGUAAAGUGAUGAUGGCCGCGCGCUGGAUCAGAACCGGUGCAGUUCUGCUGCUGGGAGGCGCAACGGGAUUUUAUCAUAGUAUCAAACUGUCUCUGGAUCAGCGGACUCUCGCUCAGGCAGAUUUGGGUUCAGAUGGGUCUCAGGUGAAUCUCACGCUCUAUCAGUACGACAGGUGUGUUGCGUGCUCGCAGCUCCGUGCUUUCCUCGAUUAUUACGGCAUUGAAUAUCGCACUCAGCAUGUCAAAUGGAGCCAGUACAGAUCGGUUCCGGUGCUGACCAUCGAGGGCGAAGACAGUUUGGAAUUAAAUGAUGCGUCUGUGAUCAUCAGUGCUAUGAAGACCUGUAUGAUUGACAGGAGAAGAUCUCUCUCUGAAGUCAUCAGUUUUUACCCUCUGCUGACAUCCAAUAACUUCUUUGGACAGGAAGUGACCGAAUUCAGCAACAAGUACUGGGUGAUGCUGAACGAGAUCGCUGUGGAAUCAGUCUAUCCAUCUAAAAAUGCCCGCAAAGAGGAGGUGCGCUGGAGAAGGUGGACAGAUGAGUGGCUGCUUCAUCUAGUUUCUCCAAACGUCUUCCGUACGCCGUCUGAAGCGCUGGCCGCAUACGGACUCAUCGUACAGGAGGGACAGUUCGGUCCAGUAGAGGGAGUGCUUGUUAAAUAUGUGGGAGCCGUCACCAUGUUCUUACUCUCCAAACUACUGAAAGUCUGGUAUCGGUUACAAGAUGACGUCAGAGAGGAUCUGUACAGUGCUGUGAACGAGUGGGUCACCGCGAUCGGCCAUAGGAGAAAGUUUAUGGGUGGAGACGAGCCCAACCUAGCCGAUCUGUCUGUGUUUGGGGUUCUGCGUGCUAUAGAGGGUCUACAGGCGUUCGAUGACAUCAUGGAGAAAACCAAAGUGAAGAAAUGGUAUCUGGCCAUGGAGAAAGCCACUGAGGAGCAUCACGGCCAAUCAGAAGCCUUAACCUCUGUGAAGAGCCAAUCAGCAUCAGUCAGUUGACUGUCACAUAUGUAGAUUUAUAUAUACUGGCAUCUUAUCUGAUCUCUUCUCAUACUCUGAAAUCUCCACAGUACCGAAAGUGCAAUACUGUAUUUAAAACUAGUUUUCAUUUGAACACAGUGGUGUCAUUUCCGAGUGUAUAUUGAGUGAGAUGCUUCAGUAAUGAUCAGUGACUCGUAACAGUGUAACACAUUCAGUGAUUUGUACAGUUUACUCUGGUAACAAAGUAUCUGCUGAAAAUGUAACGUGCAUGUUAUUGUCCAGUAGAGGGUGUAAUAGACACUGUAGUUCAGAUCUUAUUUCUCAAAUGAUACAAUUAUGUGUGAUCAGGACAUUUUGUUUCAGAUUAUGUGUAUGAGAUUGAAAUAUAUAGUACUGUAUUUACAUUAUAAAUGUAUCUAAGGGAAUUAUAUAUAAAUGUUGUGUGGAAAUCAUGUGGCGAGUCACUCAUCUAUGCCUUAUUUUUUCACAUUCAAAUCUUUGAUGUUUGCUUUUGUGUGUUUAGACUGUUAGUCUUUAUGGUGCUAAAUGAUCAGACACAAAGACAUUCUGCAAUAAACUGAAAAUGAACCAU